UGGCCCUACCACCGAGGGACAGGCAGUCAACAGGAGGAGUACAUAGCAACAACCAGCACUCCCUGUGGGGUUUGUUGACGCUCCCCAACGACUCCCACCCAUUCUCCUGGCUCAUAAAUUCCCCCAUGUCAUCACCUCCAUCCAGCGAGGCGCUGAGCAGGUCUCCUGAGAUGCAGCUUCUCAUCCCGACCAUCCUCUGCCUGCUGGGCUCCUGCUGUGUCUGGGGCAUGGAGGCACGGAAAUAUGAGUCUGUCCUCUCGGUGCCCAAUGGAGGCCCCUGGGGCUCUUGGGGGCACCAAGAAUUUUGCCCCAGCGGCUACGCUAAGGGAUUUGAAGUGAAGGUGGAGUCCUACCAGGGAUUUUGGCUGCUCGGCGAUGACACGGCUCUGAAUGGCAUCCGCCUGCUCUGCACAGAUGGAACAGUCAUCGAGUCCUCCGUGGGCUGGUGGGGAAACUGGACCAGGGCCCAGCUCUGCCCCAACGACAAGCUGGUUUCCUUCUCACUGCGUGUGGAAGAAAAGCAGCACCUGCGUGACGACACAGCAGCCAACAAUGUGAGGUUCGCCUGCUCAGAUGGGACAAAGCUGGAGGGCUGGGGACUUUCAGGGGGACACUUUGGCCCAUGGAGCCACAGCUGCACCUCCGGGGCCAUCUGUGGGCUCCAGACAAAGGUGGAGGAACCCCAGGGAAAGGGGGACGACACAGCUCUCAACGACAUGAGAGUCUUCUGCUGUGAAUGAGGUCAA